AUGAAUAAUAUGGUGACCAUCCGGAUGAGGAAGUUAAUGACGAACAGGGUGCUCCAGCAUAAGCAGAUGGUGAUGCAUGUCCUUCAUCCUGGAAAAGCCACCGUCCCCAAAACUGAGAUCUGUGAGAAGUUGGCCAAAAUGUACAAAACAACCCCUGAUGUCAUUGUUGUCUUUGGCUUCAGGACUUAUUUUGGGGUUGCGAAAACUACCAGUUUAGGCAUGAUCCACGAUUCCCUCGACUAUGCCAAGAAGAAUGAGCCAAAGCACAGAUUGGUGAGGCACGGCCUGUACGAAAAGAAGAAAACUUCUAGAAGGCAGCGCAAAGAGUGUAAGAACAGGAUGAAGAAAGUCAGGAGCAUGGACAAAGCGGACAUGGGGGCAGUCAAGAAGUGA